CAUUAACCAUUCUUGUGUUUCCUAAUUGAAUCCAUAUGCUAUAUUGCUUCAACAAUGGCGCUCUCUUCAUCUUUAGCCGGACAAGCGGCAGUGAAACUAGUUCCAUUCGCAUCGGUGGUUUCAGGUAACGCAAGGGUCUCCAUGAGGAAAACCGCAACAAAAGCUGCCCCUUCCAGCAGCCUGUGGUACGGUCCAGACAGGGCCAAGUACCGAGGUCCGUUCUCCGGUGAGUCCCCAUCAUACCUCACUGAUGAGUUCCCUGGUGACUAUGGCUGGGACACCGCUGGUCUAUCCGCUGACCCUGAAACCUUUGCUAAGAACCGUGAGCUUGAAGUCAUCCACUGCAGAUGGGCCAUGCUUGGAGCUCUUGGCUGUGUCUUCCCUGAGCUCUUGGCCCGCAACGGUGUCAAGUGCGGUGAAGCAGUGUGGUUCAAGGCUGGAGCACAGAUCUUUAGUGAAGGAGGACUUGACUACUUAGGUAACCCGAGUUUCGUCCAUGCACAGAGCAUACUUGCCAUCUGGGCUACACAGGUAAUCUUGAUGGGUGCAGUUGAGGGAUACAGAAUUGCCGGAGGGCCGCUUGGUGAAGUGGUUGACCCACUCUACCCUGGUGGAAGCUUUGACCCGUUGGGACUUGCUGAUGACCCAGAAGCUUUUGCUGAGUUAAAGGUCAAAGAGAUAAAGAACUGUAGACUGGCUAUGUGUUCCAUGUUUGGGAUCUUUGUACAAGCCAUUGUGACCGGGAAAGGUCCAUUGGAGAACCUCGCUGACCAUCUUGCGGACCCUCAAGUUGGUCUAAAGUAG